AUGUUUGCUCAAGGUGUACUGUUGCGCGUCUACAGCAUGGCUUCGAGAGCAAAAUCCUUCCUGUUCAACGUAGCUGAAGAGCUCGGCGUGUUCUCCAUAGCACAAUCCUCCAGAGAUACUAAGCUCUUAUGUCUGCAGCGAUUCACGCGACUGUUUGCCUACGGAGCGUCGACGCUCAUACUCGCCCUCUAUCUCUCGAGUCUUGGCACCUCGGAUGCUCGCAUUGGACUCUUCAUGACCCUCACCCUCCUCGGAGAUGUCGUUAUCAGCUUCCUCCUUACACUUGUCGCCGACGGGCUAGGAAGAAGGCGGAUUCUCAUACUUGGGGCGGCAUUGAUGAGUGCAAGUGGUGUUGUGUUUGCCCUGAGUGGAAACUACUGGGUUCUGGUGGCAGCGAGUAUAUUUGGUGUCAUAAGCCCGAGUGGCAACGAAAUCGGUCCAUUCAGAGCAAUCGAGGAGUCCACACUUGCCCAGCUCACGGCCAAAGAGAUACGCAGCGACAUCUUCGCCUGGUAUACAUUACUUGGCAACGCGGGCACGGCAUGCGGUUCUGUCGCCUGUGGCUGGAUAGUACAGGCGCAUCUCAGAGGAGGAGAAUGGUCCGAGACAAGUGCCUACCGAAUCAUAUUCGGCAUCUACGCUAUUCUGGGAAUCGUCAAGCUUCUGCUCGCUCUCAUGCUAAGCGACAAAUGCGAACCCGAACAGCCAAAGCAGGAAUACGAUGAGGUGCAUCAGAUGGACGACGUGGAGUUUGAAGGUCUGCUCUCGGAUGACGAAGACAGCCAAGAACAGCAUGUCCGAUCGAAGGCACGCGCACCGCUUCCGGAAAUGAAGAGGAAAUCGAUCUGGCCAGCAAUCUCCCCUGCCUCGCGCAGUAUCCUCAUCAAGCUCUGUCUGCUUUUCGCCGUCGACUCUCUGGCUUCUGGUCUCGUCCCCUUGUCUUGGAUCACCUAUUUCUUCAAUCGCAAGUUCAAAAUCCCAGAAGGCCAACUUGGCACCCUGUUCUUCGCCACGAACAUCAUUUCCUCCAUCUCAAACCUUGCAGCGUCUUCACUCGCCAAGCGAAUUGGAUUGAUCAAGACCAUGGUCUUUACACAUUUACCUUCGGCCAUUUUCCUCGCCCUUAUACCACUGCCUAGCCAUGCGUGGUUGUCCAUGACGUUCCUCAUCCUCCGGUCCUGCAUGCAGAACAUGGACCAAGCCCCCCCGUCAAGCCUUUCUUUCCGCCGCAGUCUUACCUAG